UCAACAUCGAGGGAACCCCCACGAGCGGCCCGCGGCGCGCCACCGCAGCCGGCGAGAGGACCCACACACGGUCAGCGGAGCUCCUCGCUGGAGCACCCAAUGGCGGGGGACGGACCUCCCUGCGCGGCUAGCGUCGAGGGAGAGGCUAAUGGCAGGGGGCGGACCUCCCUGCACGGUCCCUGCGCGGCAAGCGCGGACCUCCCUGGAGCACCCCAUGCGGUGGUGCUCGGGCUCCAGCCAUCAUGGCCUGCAGCUAGCACCGCACCUCGCCGUCGUCAUCGAGGUCGACCAGCGAGAGAAACAGGAUUGGUAACUUCACCCAACAUCCAAGACACGGUAAUCAUAUCAAAUGUACAGGCAACCAAACACAAUCUCAAACUAGCCAGGCUUGAAUUGAUCAAGAAACCAAAUACGAGUGGUUGACUAAUAUUAGACACGCUUGGAGUGGCCUGGCUCCAUAUUCUAGCCAGGCUAGAAUAAGUCGAGAAACCAAACAGACCCUGUAGCUCUGAGAUCAAAGGCAGGUAUUGCGUCGGUCCGCCUGAACAAGAGGAAAUUAGCAUGCCAGGCCAAGUCCAGGGCGCUGUUGGAGGUAACAUACGCGAGUAGGAUUAGAUUUAUCAUCAUCAUCAUAGAAGGUGGUGCCCGGUGUUGGUGUUUUAUUGGGCCGUCAUUUUUAAGAGGCCCAGUUUGCUUCACGAGCGUGCGCGAGUACUCAUCUGUUUUUGCGAAUGUAUGCUCCGUGCCUUUUUUUACUUUUUAUUAUUUUAUAAUUACGAGAUUGAAUAAAUAUAAUUUUUUUAAUAUACAUUACAACUCAAACAUUCAUAUGCACUCGCUUUUACCUCUACGAACGCAUGAGCGCAAAUCUAGCUAUAUGAACAUCUUCAAAAACUAAACCAGCAAAUCUGAAAACAAAACAAAUGAAAGCACAGCUAUUACGGAAUCUAAUGGGAAAAAUAGAUAUGAAAAAGAGAAAUCAACUUAAUAUCUAGGUGGUGACGUAAGUGCGUGGAGUCUGGAGACAAUUAAUAGCACAGCUAUUACGGAACAAUUUGGUGGACACCAGGCAGAUGGGUGGCAUCGGAGAUGGGGUCGCACGGGGACGGGGGCUCUCAUGGUCAUGGACCGGGGUCCGUCUGAUUUUUUUUCCAGGACACCCCACCUGCCACAAGCCCGUGCCCAGCCCACCGCUUGCGCUUCGUCAACUCCUCGAGAGCGCGCCUUCGCCGAGAAGGCACUGCACCUGCCUCAGUCGCCAGCCAGCCAUGGCGUCGGAGUCGGGCCCUGGCGCCACGGACCCGCUCCUCCCCCGCCGCCGCUCGCCGUCCAAGGGCGGCUGGAAGUCGGCGCUCUUCAUAAUCUGGGUGGAGGUGGCGGAGCGGUUCGCGUACUACGGCAUCUCCUCGAACCUGAUCAACUACCUGACUGGCCCGCUCGGCCAGACCACGGCGGCGGCGGCGGCGGCCGUCAACGCGUGGUCGGGCGCCGCGGCCAUGCUGCCCCUGCUCGGUGCCGCCGUCGCCGACUCCUGGCUCGGCCGCUACCGCACCAUCGUCGCCUCCUCCGUGCUCUACAUCAUGGGCCUUGGGAUGCUGACGCUCUCAUCCAUGUUCCCAUCACCUCAACAAUGCGGUGUGGCCGUCGAUAGCCGAGGGGCAUGCCCGCCUUCCUCCGUCCAGACGGCCGCCUUCUACAUCUCCCUCUACCUGGUGGCCAUCGCUCAGAGCGGGCACAAGCCCUGCGUCCAGGCUUUCGGUGCGGACCAAUUCGACGCGACGGACCCCGACGAGUCCCCUUCCCGGGCCUCCUUCUUCAACUGGUGGUAUUUCGGACUCUGUGGGAGUGCCACCGUGACGAUCGCGCUCAUGAGCUACGUGCAAGACAACGUCGGCUGGGCCCUCGGCUUCGGCGUGCCAUCCAUGGUCAUGCUGCUCGCGCUCGCCAUCUUCCUGCUUGGCACGAGGACCUACCGGUUCUACGGCUCAGGAAGCGGCAACAACAACGGCGGUGCCGCCACGUUCUCCCUCGUCGGCAAGGCCUUCGUCGCCUGUAGGAAGAGGUCUAACAAAGCCUGGUCGGCGGAGCUGGAGCGCGGCGACGGUGAGCUCGCGGAGGACGCGGUGCUCGCGGAAGAGGUGAACGGGAUGGCGAGGCUGUUCCCGAUCUGGGCAACGUGCCUCCUCUACGGCGUGGUGUUCGCGCAGCCACCAACGCUCUUCACCAAGCAGGCGGGGACGCUGGACCGGCGGGUCGGGCCGUCGUUCCAGAUACCCCCCGCAGCGCUGCAGUGUUUCCUCGGCGUCAGCAUUGUCACCUGCAUCGUGCUGUACGACCGCGUCCUGGUGCCCGUGGCGCGCAGGGUCUCCGGCGUCCCCUCGGGAGUCACGAUGCUGCAGCGGAUCGGCACGGGGAUCGCUCUGGCCAUGGUCACCCUGGUCGUCGCCGCGCUGGUGGAGAUGAAGAGGCUGCGGGCGGCGAGGGACGCCUGCCUGGUGGAUGGUGGCUCCGGCGCGGCGGUCCCCAUGAGCUUGUGGUGGAUAGUGCCGCAGUAUGUGCUCCUCGGCGCAGCCGACGUGUUCACCAUGGUCGGCAUGCAGGAGUUCUUCUACGAUCAGGUCCCCGGCGCGCUCAAGAGCCUCGGGCUCGCGCUCUACCUGAGCGUCCUCGGCGUCGGCAGCUUCAUCAGCAGCUUCCUCAUCACGGUCAUCGACAGCAUUACGACGAGGAACGGCGGCGCGAGCUGGUUUGCCGACGACCUGAACCGGGGGCACCUCGACUACUUCUACCUGCUGCUUGCGGCGCUCUCCGCGCUGGAGCUUCUUGCUUUCACUUAUUUCUCGACGUCUUACGUUUACAGGACCAAGGCAGGCAACAAUCAUUGAUUCAUGGACAGAGGCAUGCAUAUGUAUAUGGAGCUAAGAUUGUGCAUACUAGCACAUCAGAUGGCAAGAGCAAAAAUAGAAUAAAACAAAAUUCCUUAAUCUUCAGUGUUCUGGCAAAAUCAUAACGGACUAUGUUUAGCACACAAACAGCACAAUCCUUCAGGCUACAGUGAAAGAACUCUCAACCUUUGGGAGAUGGUAAA